AGUAUUUUUUUUUCUUUCGUUUCCUUUUAUGGAUUUAUUAAAGUUGUAUUUUAAAUGUGCAAAUAAACAAAUCAAAUCAAAUCAAGUAAAUACAGGUGUCCCGUAUAGGGGACGGCGACAGUUAUACGUUUUUAGCACAUUUUAGUUUAUAUUUAUGGUGUCUCGAAAAACACAGUUAAGUACACUUAGAUGUUCUUAAGAUUAUCUUAAGAAGUACUGAAGAAGAACUUUUAGUAUAUUAAGUACAAAAUUAGUAAACGAAAAUAGAGCACUUUAAGUACACUAUGUAAGUGUACUUCUUUUUCACCUGGGACAUUGGGAUAUUGUUGCGCAAUGUGUUUUGCUGUAUGUUUAAUGUAAUUUUUUUCCUUUUAGGUCGAUUGUGUUUUUCUGCGAAGCGGCUCAUGCUGUGUGUGGAUCAAAACAUUGUUCACAACAAUAUCCCCUUCUUCAUUUCCGCAGUGUGCUUGAUGUUUGGCAGCUAUUACUGCUUUAAUAUACACUACCCAUCACAGCUGGCAUCAACUCUUGAGUUUAUGUAGAGGUGUGACUGAUGAACAAUCAGUGGCUUUGGUGGCGGGAGAGGAUAAAACACCGAUGGGUUCCUCUACACGGUGUCUUUGCUUUCCUUCGACCAGCGCCCGAUGAAAGUUUGAUGCACCGCAACUGACGAGCCCUAAAACGUUGGAUUACGCUGCCCCUGUUAACUUGGUAAAGGCGAGCCAGCUGCCAUCUGUCCAGACGCGGCGGAGACAGUGAAAAGAUAACUCAUCACACUCUACUGUUUGCACUAAAGGAAAGCAGCUUUGUCCCUGGGAACUCAGUGACGGCGAGCCGGCUGCCAUCUGUCUAGAUGCGGCGGAGACAGCAAAGGGUUAUUCAACGCACUCUACUCCUUGUACUAGAGGAAAGUAACUUUGCUAUUGCCUGGUGAGUGAACGGGUUUUUACCCGCGAUUCGUUACUGAUUCACUUUCCCCUCCUUGCAGUUCCGAGGGAAGUCUUCGCUUCGGUUUGCCGUGAGUGAGCGCUGUUGACGGGGGGUGCGUACGACCCUGCUGACACAGAGAAGGAGAGACGGCAGUGACUUCCUGGUGCUGCGUAAUCAAUUACAAACUGCGGGCCGGGCCUAUGAGUGUGUUAGGGGAGAAAGAUGCAGCUCUAGUAAAACAGCUGGAUGCUGGGUUGAAAUGCAGCUGGAAUUGGUCGUGGCUUAAACUGGAGGGCAAAGUCUCAGUAAAAGGGCAAGAGGUGUCCUUUCAUCUAGGGGAUGUAUUCAACAAGAUCAACAGGCAGGGAUUCGCUAGAUGUGUUCUCUGCCACAAAGAUAUCAAUUAUGCAAACAAAGGCAGCCAUGCUCUGCAGGCUCACUGCCAGACAGAGAUUCACAAGAAGAAGGUGGAGAUGAUUGCUUCCACACACAGUGUUGCCAGCACCUUGCUUCCUGCAUCAUCUAGUCGGAAUCCAGUAAGCCAAAGUCAAGCAAGCCAGGGCCCAGAAACAAUCAGGCAGCAGUGCCAGGGAAAGAUACCUGUACCUGUUAAAAACCGCAUAGCAAAUGCAGAGGCAAUGGUCCUUGGAACAUUGGCAGAGCAUUCCAUCUCCUUUUCCAUGGCUCCUGUAAUUGUUGAGCUUGCCCAGACCCUUUCCUUGGAUAAACCAGCUUUGCAGGGAAUGAAGCUGUCGCGGACGGCAGCUUCAUACAAGAUGAUACAUGGCUUAGGGCGGACCUACUCUGAGAGGAUCUUUUCCAACAUGAUGAGAUUUUCCUUUUCAUAAAAUUUAGAUGAGAGCACCUCCAACAACAACAAAAAGAUCCUCUCCAUGCUGGUUUGCUAUUAUCAUGCAGACUUGAGGAAGGUGUUGGUGGAGCAUUUGUGGUCCUUGGAGAUCCUGAAGGUUAAUGCUGCUUCAUUGGAGAAGGUGCUCUGCGAAUUCUUCCGGAAAAACAACAUCCCGUGGCAGAACCUUGUGAGUAUGUUGAUGGACUCGUGUGCGGUGAUGAGGGGCAGCAAGACCGGCCUCGAGACCAGGAUCCACCAAUAUUGUCCCAACCUACUGGAUGUUGAUGGAGACUCCUGCCAUCAUAUUCACAAUGCAACAAAGAAAUUCUGAGAGCCCUUUGACAGCUACUUAGAGAAACUGUUCAGUGAUCUCCAGGUUGACCAUCAGUGGAGUCCAGACCAGGUGAUGUACCUCAAGGAGAUAGCCAUGAUUCUAAAUCUCCCCGCCUCCAGCCCACAGAGGGGCUUUUUUCGUCAUCGCUGGCUAUCUGCAUAUGAUGCCAGCAUGGCAACCCAUGCCAUGAUGCCUGCGUACAAAGUCCUCUAUUAUGGAUACCUCUCCACUGCGGAUCAGGAGCUGUAUAGGGAGCCUUUGGAAUUGAUGUACACCAAGUACCACGUCAAUCAGGCUGCAAGAGCCAGAAUCAAGGUUGUUCAGGACAAACUCAACAGGAAAGGCAUGACUCCACAAGGCCUUGAGAGAAAAAGAAGGUAUGUCAGAAGUUGUGGCAUGAGGAGACGACAACAGUCCUACAGCUCAGCAUCUACAUGGGUGUGCUUGCUAUUCUCAAGGAGUAUGUCAUGGUUUUCCAGGGUAGCCAGACAUUGGUCCAUAAACUUCACGAUCGGCAACUUGAGCUGUUUUUGGCUUACUUGGCUUGCUUUGUGAAGGCUGAACAUAUUAUUAAGCUGUCUCCCAGGGCUCUAAAGGAGUUGGUCCUGGAGGAUUAUAUGCUGCUGGCCUCCAAGGAAAUAUAUAUGGGACAGGAGGCUGACAUGUAUAGGAGCCAGAAUCCCAAACAUCCUGUUAGCACCCUGCAUCACCUGCUUGACCUAUUUUCUCAAUUGUUUUUGAGACUUAGAAUAAUGUUCUUUGGUGUUUUGUGUCAGUUGUUGGUGUCAUUCCUAGCAGACGUCAGGAAAGCCUAUAUCACCACUGCAGUGUACCUCCAGAAAAAGCUCCCCUUGGCCAGUCCGACUCUGACAGCCCUGUCUGCUCUGGACCCUCUUCUGAGAGGCCACUCACAGUCAACCAUCCAGUUGAAGAGGCUGAGUGGUAUGCACCUUUUGCCAGCAGACCAGGACAUCCAGAGAGAGCUUGUGCACUUCAAUGUUGACCUGAGCAUCCCCAGUUUCAAGGUGGGAGAGAGCAUCGUGGAGUGGUGGGGUCAUGUCUUUGACAAGCCUGACAAAUACCCCUCCCUGAGUGCACUGGUCAAAUGCUGCCUCUCCAUCUUUCAUGGACCAAGAGUUGAAUCUUCAUUUAGUCUCAUGAAUGAUGUGAUUGACCAAAGGAGUGGCAACAUGAAUGUUGAAACAUUCAAUGCAAUCCAGACGGUCAAGUACACCCUGCAGUCCAGGGGGAAAACGGCAAUGCAGCUCUUCAGAAGGGAGGACGUGAAGUUUGGGGAGGUGGACAGAACAAUUUGCCGGAACAUUAACUCUGCUGCAGCCACAUAUAGACACCAGCAGGAGGUGAAGAAGAAAGAAAAGGAGCAGCAGCAUAGCAAGUAUGGCUCUCAAGCCACUGGCAGUGCUCAGCAGGCCAAGACACAAACUGCUGAAGAAGAGAAACGGGCAAGGUUGAGACAUGCAGUAACUCAGCGAAAGCGGGCCAUGGAGACACUGGUAGUCCAGGCAAAAAAAAGGAAAAAAUGAUCACUACCCCUUGCAAACUAUUUGUGUGUUUAUAGUGAUUGUUUUCCACUUUCUUCUUUUAAUUAUUUGUUAUUCUUCAAGGGCAUAAUUUGACUGGACACUGUUCACAUUUGUAUUCAUAUGUCCUUAGAAAAAUGUCAAUAAAGUAUUUUUUAGAACCUG